GAAACGCAUCCCUAUGAACAACAGUUUGUGGCGAUCUACUGCAAAUUAGGAGUUGGGAUAGAAGCUCUCUAUGAACGGCGCAACAGCUGGUAGUAAUACCUCCCCGCAUUCACUAUCAGACAGCACGGAAAGCAAUAAACAGUCAAAGGAAAAGACUUCUAUUGAGAGCAAUGCCGUAAGGGCAGAGCAUAGUGACCCAGGCAACCAGAAUAACAACUCGAAAAUAUUUGUCGGUGGUCUUUCUUGGGAAACGACAGAAGAGACUCUACAAAAGUAUUUUGAAUCAUACGGUAGAGUGCUCGACUGUGUUAUUAUGAGAGACAAGCAUACAGGUCAUCCUCGCGGUUUCGGCUUUGUCACAUUUGAGAAGGAAGAAAGUGCUGAUCGAGCGGCAACGAAGCGUCACGAACUUGACGGUCGACAGGUGGAAGCCAAAAAGGCUGUGCCAAAGGCAGAGUAUAUCACAAGAAGUCAAGUAACAAAGCCGACCCGAAAAAUAUUUGUAGGAGGUUUGCCUCUUUCGUGUACAGAAGAAGAUUUUAUGGAGUACUUUGAAAGGCUUGGACAUGUUGUAGAAGCACAUAUUAUGUACGACCACCAGACAGGAAUUUCUCGAGGUUUUGGUUUUGUAACUUUUUCCAGUGAAGACAUGGUAGAAAAGGUCUUUGAACAGAGUCAACACGAAAUUAAAGGCAAAAUUGUUGAGGUUAAAAAAGCAGAACCUAAGCAUUUUUCAGAGGGUAGGAGAAUGAAGGAUUUAGGUGGAAAUUCAUACGAAAGGUAUCCUGAAAAGUUUCCCUAUUUCUCCAGUGAAGCUGGAGUAAAAGGACCUAUGAUGUAUCCUCCUAUGGAGGGAGCAGCCUUUGCUCCUUUUGCUCCUUUUGCAUUUACUCCAGCAAUGGCUGCACAGUACGCGCAAUACUACGGAGGAACUGUGGCUAGUUGGCAACAAUAUGCAGCAGCAGCUGCUGCUGCCGCUGCAACUGCUGGAAUGGGUUAUUAUAAUGCUGGAUAUCCUGCGGCAGGGGAGAUGCCGGCAUAUGCCUAUCCUUCAUCAGCUUAUAGUAAUGAUUCAGUUUCUCAACAAGACAGUGACUCGAGGAAAAGUGGCCGAAGCAGUGGGACAAGUCGUAGAAAUCUUGGAAAGAACGAGCGGUAUCAUCCAUAUGAGCGCUAAAUGAAUGUGAAUGUCGAAGUUUUACGUUGU